AUGAAUCUGAAUUACUUUUUUGAUGAUGUGACCAAAAACGUUGAUGAGGACAGAGCUGUAGACGUUGUCUCUGUAGUUUUCAGCAUGGCAUUUGAUACGGUUCCACGGUACGAGGACACCAUGGGUACCAGUGCUAGUACCAACCAGCAAUCUGCGUCAUCUGUCCGAGCACAACCUGAGAAGGAUGUCAAACAACCUGUUGCAGUCAGUCACUCUGAGGUUAUCAACACCCCGGCAGGGUUGGCCAAAUCCUUUGUCACCAACAAAGUGGCACGUGUUGUGAUAACGCACAAUCUGAAGGAAGAAUUUCAAGUUCACGAUAACUUUCUUAAGGCCCACUACGUCAUUGGCAGCAUGAAUGACAGUUUACCCGAGCAUUACCUUGUGCAGGGGAAAUACUUUAUGAUUAAUGAUCUCAGUGACAAAGUGGACAACCUUCUCACCAUGAAUAAUUAUGGAGCACCAAAUUUUCGACAGAUUCAACUUGGCUACCCAGUAUAUGGCAUGGGGCAAGCAACAAUGAAUGGCUUUCACAUGGUAUUACAAAAACUAAAGGAGGAAGGAAAUCAGGAAAUCAUAUACUUCAAUGUGCGUGAGGAGCCUGUCAUUUUUCUUCAUCAAGAUGAUGACUUUAUCCCUUACACCCCACGUGAUCGCAAUGACCUUCAAGAAAACCUCUAUAAUCUGACUUCGAGGGAUCAGGUGGAAAAUCUGGAAUUAAUUAUUAAAAAUGAGCUGUUGGAUUUUGCUGUUUUGAGCAACCAAACUUAUUUUGUUUAUCAUGGCACGGAGCAAUUUGUUACUGAGCCUCUCCCAAAGACAAUUGAGAAUGUGGAGGAUGUUCGUAUUUCAGAAGAGGUCUACAGAGGCCAUGUCUUUACAAUGCCAUACUUCAGGUAUAAACGACUACCUCUGCCUGUUGCUGCCACUCUGGAAGAAGCAGACUUUGAUUCCUUCAUUAGUACUGUCAGGGUGGAUAGCAUAGUGAAUAUCUGUUCAGAAAUGCUCAAUCUGAAGGAAUCAAUUUUUCUAUACAAAGAUGAAGUCCUGAAAUCUGAUGAAUGGUAUCAGAAACCGUUGGCCGAUGAGUACCUGGACCUUGAUGAAAUGAGUAGUCGAAGACAAAUGAAAGUGGCAAACUACAGAAAAGUUUCCAAAAUGCCUGUAUGUGGAAUUGCGCAACCAAAUCCAGAGGGACUGCUGCGGAUCCUGUCCCACCUGACCGAUGAUACCAGGAAGUUUACUCGGGUGCUGUGUCUGAACCUGAGAGGGGAAGCAGUGCUGGAGGCAGAUGGACAAAUGUAUUCACUCAGGGAAGUCAACAAUCUCCAGCAGGAGGUCAUCAUCCCUGCUACAACAGUGGAACAACUGGAGGAAAUUGAGGCGGCUUCCAAAAUGGACCUGUUGAGCUCCAAGACCCCUAUAGAGACCUGGAAAGAGGAAACAAAGGAGAUGAAACAGUUCAACUCAUGUAUGACUCUGAAGGAGGUUUACAGCCAAGCAGCCAUACAGUAUCCCCAGUUGCAGAAUCAUCGCAUUCCAAUUCCGGAUUGUGCAGCUCCCACAGAAGAGGAAUUUGAUGUCUUCCUUAAUGUCGUGAGGUCACAUUUAAUCACAGAUCAAAAUACAGUGAUUGUAUUAAAUUGUCACGAUGGUAAAGGGAGGACCACAGCUGGCAUGGCCAUCUCCCUGCUUCUGGUCUGGCACAUUAAAGGGUUCCCAGAAUUUAUUGUGGAGGAUAUGGUGAGCAUUCCCGAUGCCAAGUAUACAAAGGGCGAGUAUGAGGCAGUUCUCAGUCUGGUACGUAUUCUUCCAAAUGGUAAUGGAAUGAAACAGGAAGUGGACAGAGCUCUUGAUGCAGUGAGUGAUUCAAUGACUCCAAUGAUGCACCACUUGAGGGAACUUAUCCUCAACACCUACAAGAAGUCAAAGGGGGCAAAGGAUAAAGAUACUGCAGAAAGCUUGCACUUGUGUAGUCUACAAUAUCUUGAGAGAUACCUGUACCUCAUUCUUUUUGACACUUAUCUACACUUGGAGAAACCAGGAAAGUGGGAAAGAACAUUCAAAGAUUGGAUGACGGAGGUGGCAGCUCCUGCAGGUGUGUUUGAAAUCCUGGACAACUUGGGAUUCUCGGAGUUUGAGGACCCAGGAUGUACCCCGAUGUGCAGGAUGCGUAACCGAUGGCAACAGCAGCGAGGGUACAAGGUCCCCACCUUUGGUGAUAUGAUUUAAUAAUUUGCAACAAAGCAAAGUAAAAUUGCUCCCCACCUUGUCUCUCAAUGUCAGAAUAUUUUUCAGCUGAUUCAUUUUGGACACUAAAUUAAGUUCUGACAGGGUUCUAGUUUAAGUUCUGAGAGAGUGAUUCAUUGUUUACUUUAAUAGAGUGAGCAAGAUCCAACGCAGUAGUAUUAGAGCUUCCUCUGCAACUUAAAUCUAGAUACAUCCAAUUUAGUUAUGUUACCUAUGGGUUUGUGAGUUACAUCAUAUCUUAUGUACAAAUGUAUUUUGUCCAUAAUACUGAAAAUACCUGUCUCUUAAAUACUCUCUCCUCCUACUGCUCUUGUUCAGGAAGGUGUCUUCACAUCCCAAGUAGUUUUGGGUGCACUGGGGAAAGCUAAUUAUUUUUCUGGAUCUAUUAUUUGUAGCUGUAAAUUGUGUUGAGCAUUUUUUUCCUGUCAAUUCAUCGUUAGAGAUUCUGAUCUAUAGUUUGUUUCUUUAGCUGUAAUUUUAUAGCUACACUAUAGAUCCACUUUA